UAGACUUGGAGGGUUUCAAACUCAAGGCAACCGCAACGUGAAACGCACGCAAAACGCGUCGGUCUGUCGUCGUCUAAGUCAUUAUUCAUAUAGUUUUGUCGUUUAGUCGGCUAAUAUUGCGAUUUGAAGACACAUUGAACCGGUUUUUUUUGUUUUGUGCAAACUGAAGUGCCCGAUACCAAAGAUAGUAGACUAGCAAUCCCAAAAUGCAACAGCCCACCGUCAUCAUUUCUGGAGCGCCAGCCGUUGGCCCGGAAUCCUGCACCCUGAUCUGCCCAUCGUGUCGAGCCCAGGUGCAGACACGCGUUGAGCACAACUCCACCACCAAGACGCACAUCAUUGCACUGCUGCUGUUCGUUUUCUGCUGCUGGCCGUGCAUCUGUGUGCCGUACUGUUGCAACUCGUGCAGGAAUGCCGACCACUACUGCCCGAACUGCAACGCCUUCAUCGGAAGCCAUCAGCACUGAUCGAGUGGAUUUUUUUUCACAUCAAAAAUCAAUAAUUCUAUAAUUUCAAGUUACCAAAUUCGCACAAAUUGGAUUGCCACCGUCGUCGUCGAUGAGUUCAAAUGUGCUUGGCUUCGUACGGUUCCGUUGAUAAGAGAAUAAAUCAUUGUUAAGCAAUCGUGCUCUAA